AUGAGUCUGGUAGGUAGUUAGGUUUAGAGAGGUAUUUGUACUUAGUUCUUAAUCUAGAGAAGUUAUUUUAGUCAAAAAAAAAGGUUAGGUUAGAUUAGGUAAAAAAAAAUAAUAAAAUUAACAUCAUUGUAAAACCAAUGCAUUCCUCAUUUUGCUCAGAAUCUAAAAAUGAAUGUUAAAUAGUAAUAGAAAUUAGUAUUUAAUGAAGUUUGUGAAAUGUAUUAUGUAUAAUAAAACGUAUGUUAAAUAUUAUAAAUAAAUAAAAUAGUAAUAGUAAUAAUGAUUAAAUUGAUACAAGUGUAUGCCUACUAUACUUGCUUAGUAUAUCAGUACAUUAUUUAGGUUACACAACGUGCAUUACUGUUUAUCAUAAUCAUAGACGUAUAAAUUAAAUAUAUAUAUCGCUCUCUAGCGGAGCAAAUUAUAUUGAAUCAUUGUGAUACAGAAAACCCAUUAUCAGGUAUUGCUCAUUUUACGAUUAUGAUUUAAUUUAUUUUAAAAGUUGGCAAUUCUAAACAGAGAAGUUAAAAAAUAUAUUAACGAAUGAUAUUAUUGGACGGUCUACGAAACAGUUACCGAUUAUAGUUUUUAGCCACUCAAAGAGAUUAUCCAAACCAUGAUAACAUUAUAACGUGGGAACAAGAACAACGCUAUUAUGUUUUAUGUUUUCCAUGGUGGUUUCAAUACCCAUGUUAUGUAGUUUUGAACUAUUCAGUCGCCAAUUCGCCAUAGCUGCCAAGUGCCAAGUCUGUGUUAGUUUUUCUUUUACAAAUUUCAAGUGAAUAAUCUCGAAAAAAGGUAAUUUUUUAAAUAUUAUUACGGACAAUGCAUCAUUUUCAUUAAAUUAAAUUUAUUGUUUUGAAAAUUCGAUUUGUUUUUUUUUUGUUGCAAUUCGUAAUCUAUUUGUUGGCCAACGCUCAUAUUGAGAAAUGUAAAUAACCUCUAUAAUUAUUGUAGUUCGACUAAGGUGUUUAUACUUUUCAAACGAAUUUGUAUGCAGGUUGUUGUGAUGAUAAAUAAAUAAAUAGGUUAUGUUCACGAUGUUUACAUGAAAACAUGUAAUCUAUUAGAACGUACUAUCGCAUAUUGGGAAGUGGGAUUGGGCAAAGCAGUUCAGUGCCUGUGUGAACCUGCUUCACGUAAUGUCUGUGACACACAUUACUACUACUUGACUAAUUGUCAAGGAGUUUUCGUAUUUCAUAUUAUUUUAUUUCAAUAUUACUUGCAUAAUAUUACAUUGAAAGAAAAAUUAAUUGAAGCCGUUCGUCUACACUAAAUAUUGUACGGUACUAGUACCAUAUUGAUUACAUGAACUUUUAUCUUGAUUUUUUCUUUUGUUUAUUUACACACUUUUCCAUAUAGAUUUAUUUCGUUGAAUACAAUAGGAAGAGUUCGUCCAUUUCUUUGUCAAAAUCAGACUCGGAACUUGGGUCUAGUUCGUUUAGUUCGCCAUAAUUUGUACGUUCUACGACCGAUUAAUUACAAAUAUGAAAAAAAACUGCAUUUAAAUGUGUGGAAUCUAAUCUGCCUUGCCCAAACUAACCUACCCUGCGCUGGACUGCUUCUCAAUGUGUACCUGGGCUUAAAGCCUUCAUCAUUUUUUUUCUUGUUCAAUUCAAUAACUACAGCCAUUGAUUAACUAAAAAUCUAAAUAUAUUUUUAUCAGAAUAAUAAAUGUAAAUUAAUUAAUUUAGGUAUACUAUUAAAUAAUGUGAAAUAUACUAAUCCGAGCUGUGUAUUUAACUUUCAUUUUUAUAAGAUCAUUAUCGUAAAAAUGUCGGGCAAACUUAACUAAAUCAUUACCUUCUAUAUUAAAUACAUUUGAAUAAUAUUCCCAUUUUAUUAGUGAUUGUGAUGGACUUAUCUAAAGUAUUUAAAAUGAAAAUAAUAUUUAAUUAAUGUUUGGUUAUUUAAAACUCUUUAUAUUAUGUACCUAUAAUUAUUUAUUGUGAAAUAACCGUUUUCAACAAACGUUUGAAAAGACAUAAACCUUCCAAGAAGAACUAAAAGAGUUGUUAAAAAAUGUUUUAAAUUGUCCAUUUUUGCUGAUACAUAUAUUUAUAAUAUGGUUGAAAUUGACAGUUACAUAAUGUAUAUUAUAAAUUUUUUUACUAUCAAACAACAUAAAUGUUUACCCCUAAUGUACUCCACAUUGUUUGAUUCACACCAUAAACAUGUGUUACUAAAAUUAAAAUAAUGCCUACCAAUAUUUGUUUGAUUCUGAAAUAUGUAUAUAUUUUAGAUUCUGAGUAGAACAAAGAAACUUAUGGUUUUUUAAAGAUGUUUAUAUUUUUUUUUUUAAAACAACUUUUCUACCAGAAGACUUGCUUGGAUUUCUAAGUUUUCUGAAAAAAAAAUUGUUAUGUGGAGGUACUUUAAAGAUAUAAUUUUUUGAUUUUCUUAGGAGUGUUUUCAUCAAAUUUGAAAAACCAAAAAAAAAAAAAAAAACGGGAAAAUAUAAGAAAUGUAGGUAUUAGUUAAAAUAUAUUAUGGCCUUCUUUUUUUCUGAGCAUAACUUUUCUACCAACAAUUUUGCUUCAAUUUUAUUGAUAGCUAUGUUUCUAAAAGGAAAUUUCACUGGGUAGGUACUUUAAAGAGGUGAUUUUUUAAUUUUCCCAAUAGUUUUUCCAGCAAAUAUAAAAAACCUUGAUAAAACUUAGAAAAACUUGUAAAAUUGGUACAACAUUAUUAAAUAAGAAUUAUCAUAUAAAAUAUAUAAAAUCUAUUUAAUUAUUUUACUAUAAAAUGGCAUAUAUAUAUUGUUGACAAAGCAUCACUAUCAACUGAAUUAUGCUCACAAUUGUUUUUUCGUAAACAAUGGUUUAUCGUUGCUUACAUCUUUGGUAUAUAUUAAAUUAUCUAUAACAUUGGCCCCAUUAUUCUAGGAUAUCUUUUCAUUAAACUUACCUUUCACACUUUCAACACUUUGAAUGUUGCUACUGACCAAAUGAUUCUACAAAUUGUGAACUAAAUGUAGAUUUCAUAUUUACACACUUAUUUGAUAUUUUUGCAAAUUGAAGUAAGUUAAUAAUAUUUUAAAUAUCUUUAAUAUUCUCUGGCUUAUGAUUAAGUAGUAAACCAAUAUUUUUAGUGAACAUUUAUUUACUGUUUGUAAGUAUAAAGACACUGAAAUCUAUUUAAUUAUUUGCAAUAAAUCAGUUUCAAAUUACUAUAAAAUUAAUUAUUAAAUUAAUAUAUAAAUAAAUAAAUGAUACAUUUAUAUAUAAAAAUAAAAAAUUAAUUAAUUAAUGAAUGCUUUGCCUGGAGUAUUAUGGUAUGUGUAUUGUAUGAUCGGUUUCCAAUUCAAAAUUCAUCAUCAGGUAUAUCAGAGUAAAAAGUAAAACACGACUGAAUAUAAAAAAAUAAAUGAAGGAAUACAUAGAGAAUAGAUUAUACAAGUUGGCUGUUUUACAUACAAAUUAUUUAUUUAUUUUAUAGAGAUUAUUUAAAAUGAGUUAUUAUUAGACAUAUAUAUGUUAAGAAGUUUUAACUAUUUGGUUAUUAUUUAUUAUUUAAAAAAAACAUAAAUUUUUACUUUAUUAUUUUAUUAUUAAAUUAAUAUUUUUUAUUACAUUCCACCUUUUGUUACAAUUACUUGAGAAUUAAAUGUACACUAAUGGAUUGACUUUGAAAACAUAGGUAUGCAAUAUUUUAAUAUAAUGUAAUGAUUUUUGAAUUGUUUAAAUGAUUAUUUUAAAUAAUUUAAUCAUUUGCUCACUACUAACAGUUGAAGAAUUAUUUAAAUUUUGUAUAAUGACAUUACAUAACUGGCACUUAGUACUUUUCGAAUCAUUUAAUAAAUAUUGUGGGAAAAAAUAAGAAAUGUUGCAGUUAUAUUAAUAUGUACGUGAUGAGAGUCUGCCAUAAAGUAACUCCUAUGUAGCCUGCUUUCCAGCAGCAGAGGUUUUUGGCAUCUACCAAAGUUAUUAUCAUAAAUAUAUAAUAAUGUUUAUUGUUUUGAUAUAUUUAUUUUUUAUUUCACUGGUUGUUAAAAAUUACUAAACCUUUACUGCUAUUACAAAAAAUUAUUAAAACAAAUCAAUAGAAUCAUGUGUGUAUACUGUACAUCAUAUUAUUCAAGUUCUAUUAAAUGAUUUUUGAAGGGGUCUUCAUAAAUGACAAAAUAAAAUUAGGUGAUUUAAAUUCGUAAAAGGUUAAAAACUACAAUAUUAGUGCUUUACCACUACUAUUUUAACUACAUUUUAAAAUUCCAAGAAUUAGAAUUAGAAUAUAUGUAAAAUUUAACUAAAAAAAUUGGAGGAGCAUACUUAGUGAAUCAUAUUGUAUAUAUUAUAAAAUUGUAAUUUACAUAAAAUAAUAUUUCUAUUUUAUUUUCAGAAUUAUGAAUCAAAUCUUUGCGAAAACAGUGUCUGGGAAAACUAUCACUUUAGAUGUAGAACCAUCAGAUUCUAUUGAAUCAGUUAAAAUUAAAAUUCAGGACAAAGAUAAACUCCCAUCAAAUAAACAACGAUUGAUGUAUGGAGGAAGACAACUGGGCGAUGAUUCUUGUACAUUAUCAGACUGUAAUGUUAAAAUGGGAUCUACACUAUAUGUGCAUCUUAGUCUUCAUGAAGGUACUUAGUAACUUUGACAUCUUUAAAAAAUUAAAUUCUCAAAAAAAAGAAAAGUUUAAUGAUAUUCAAAUUAUGUGUGUGUUAAUACUAGAGACAGGAUUUACCAUUCUCUUGAAAUCCUAUCUUGAAAGUAUGUAAAAAUAUUUAAAAAAGUAAAAAUGAUUUAGGGAUUAAAAAUCACCUAAAUAUAUGAAUAUAUUAAAUCAAGUUUUUAACUCUACAAAAAUCAAAAUUUUAAAACUUUACAAAAUUGUAAAGUUAUUUUAGAUUCUGAGCAGAGGGAUAAAUGUAUUGAUUUUAUUAUGAUGUUUAUUAUUAUUAAAAUUUUUCUUUUUUUUUGAUAAUAUGUACAAUGUGCAUUGUACAAUUUUAUUAAAAUUUAGUUGCUUUUAAAGUGGUCUUUUGUGGAUUUAAAAAUAAAAAAAUUAAAUUCUGGGCCCUAAUUAUUACACAAUUGUAGUUCAUAAAUGUUAACUUUAAAACUAAUGUUAUUAGCUAAAUGCAAAUAAAUUAUUUCAAAACUUAAUUUUAAUUCCUAUACCUAUUAUUAAUAAAAUUGAAUUUCCCACUUCCUGUUCAUUCUGAGUUAUAAAUGUAUUGGAUAUAAGUUUUUAGAAAGGAACUUAUAUUUAAUAAAAAUAUGAAUUUGUGACAAUGAAAUUUAUUACCUCAAAUAAUUUAUUCUAUAGCUAUUUUAGUAGCUUUACCUACUUUAUACAUAGUAUCUAUGUGAUUGUUAUUUAUGCAUAUUAACAGUAAAUCACAACAUUGUUUUUUUAAUUAUUUUUUAUUUAUAAGCUUUAUUAUGUUCUAGAUUUUGAAAAGCCGGUGGCCAAAUAA